AUGUGGCACAAUCGCGACGCAGGCACGACAAGGAAUGGGAGAGCUCUUAGUCUGCCUUCGAUAGACGAUAAAAGUCAAGGACUUUUGAGAAGAGUAGCCAGCUUGCAGUUCAUCGCAAAGAAAUUCGAGCCGCUCAAUAAGGAGGUCCGUGCUUUUGUGAAGUUGCGGUACAAAGACGUUGCAAAAUAUACGAUAUGGCCAGAGUGUCGGUUGGAAGACGGCUGGAACACUAAAGUAGUAAAACCUAAUAUUGAAUACUAUGAACGCCCACGGCGGGUACCGUCUGGACCUGACCCGAGAACCAUUUUGAAUAAAGCCGAGCUAGAAGAUCAUCGUUCACCAUAUCUCCCUUGCACAAUCAAUUCUGUGACCAGAUCUGAUUCAGAAGACUCGAGCAGUGCCGAGUCAGUGCUGGAAAUGACUCGUUUAUAGCAUAUUUUGAUUUUACAGUAAUAUAAGAAUCAUAUCGAAAAUUUUUAUGCGUUUAGGGCUUGAUAGGCAGUAGCUAGAGUAGUGAGGAGCUUGGAUCUGAAUCACUUCCUCAUUCACAUAUUCUCAAAGUAUUAUCCAAAAGAGGUUAUUUCGAGAGCUUUCAUGAGUGUGGUUUCCUUUAUGAUGUCAUCUUGAGGAUGAUUUUCAUUUACGUCAUCUUAAAGAUGACAUGUGUUAUGCUACUUUACUUGACAGGUGAUUCUAUACGGGGAACAAGUGAACUUUUACCAUAUGUAUUUAAUGAGUGGAAUUAAUGUGU